AUGGCAGGGCUAGAACAAUCAUUGUUUCAGCUCAAAUUUACAGCUAAACAAUUAAAUAGACAGGCAUCUAAAGCAGCAAAGGAGGAAACGCAAGAAAAAGCAAAGAUUAAGAAAGCACUUACGCAGGGGAAUAACGAUAUUGCACAGUUAUAUGCGCAGAACGCAAUACGGAAAGCUAAUGAGAGGGUCAACUUGUUACGAUUAGCAUCGAGGAUAGAUGCAGUUGCCUCUAGAGUUCAAACUGCAGUCACUAUGAGGUCUGUGACUGGAAACAUGACCCAAGUGAUAAAGGGAAUGGAUCGCGCGUUACAAACUAUGAACCUCGAGAGAAUAGCGUUAGUCAUGGACAAGUUUGAAAAUCAAUUCGAGGAUCUUGAUGCCUCCACCAGCUACUACGAAAGUACAACUAAUAAUGUCAAUGCACUUACGACACCUCAGGAUCAAGUUGACGAGUUGAUGAACCAAGUUGCAGAUGAAGCUGGCAUAGAGAUGAAGCAAGGUUUGAAUGAAACAAAAGUAGAGAUAGCAACUCCAGUAUCCAAUAACAUUACUGAGGAAAAAGAGGAUCAGCUAACCGAGCGAUUAAGAGCUUUAAGGAAUUGA